GUAGAACUUUGUCAGAAAGCUUUCGAUAUGUUUUUUUAAUGUAGGUCCCGUCAAUAUACCACCCCGUAUGAUCAAGACUACGUUCAACUCACUGCGGAGCAAGACCAGGGCCGAUACCAAGACUGAGGAAGCUGCGGAGCUUGAGAAACUUAAAGUUCUCAGAGCUCAAAAGGAGCUCGCAGCUUUCGGAACAGAGGCCAAACGCAGACCUGGAGCUUUGUCUACGCGGGGAACUUGGUGGUGCCAACAGUAUCAAUGUCUCAAAGGUCAAGGGUACUUACUUCGGCCGCGAUAUGCUCCGGAUUGGAUCCCAUCUUGGGGGGUUCCAGACGUGAUCCCUUAGAUUGUGAAGAUGGGUAGGUCAUACGCGUGAGGCAACAACCCCAGCUGCACUUUUGACCAACUGAUGGUUUCACAGUUCGGU